CUAGAGGGAUCCCAGUGCGCAGGGGCGGGGCCGCAGCGGCCGGAGCAAAGAGUAUAAGUGCAUGCGAGACGGCGUAGGGGACUAGAGGGUCCGGAGUGCGUACGUGGGGCGGGGCCGCGGCAGGACAAAUGCAGAGCGCACGCGCUUGGCUGGCUGGCGACUGCACAAGCAGGGAUGGCGCCGCCUCAGCGUUCUCGGGUGCUACGCUGCUGCAGCUGCCGCCUCUUCCAGGCGCACCAGACAUGAGAAUUCCGAAAUCCAUAGGAAUCAAGCGGUUUCUCCAUCUAGUAAAAAAGAGUGUCAAGUGGACAUGCAAAGCUUGUGGAGAGAAGCAGUCCUUUUUGCGGGCUUAUGGUGAAGGCUCUGGUGCUGACUGUAGACGCCAUGUCCAAAAAUUAAAUCUACUACAGGGACAAGUUUCAGAGCUGCCACUCAGGUCUCUAGAAGAAACUGUCAGUGCCGGUGAAGAAGAAAACGUGGGCCACCAGCAGGCUGGGAAUGUGAAGCAGCAGGAAAAAUCGCAGCCCUCAGAGAGUCGCUGGCUGAAGUAUCUAGAAAAGGACUCCCAAGAACUGGAGCUGGAAGGAAGAGGAGUGUGUUUCAGCAAACAGCCUUCAUCCAAAAUGGAGGAGCCAGGCCCCCACUUCAGUCAAGACCUGCCUAGAGAAAGGUGCCAAGUGCGUCUCCGUUCCAGCCCUGGCCCAGGGCCUAUGUUGCCUCCAGCAGUGGGGCACCAGCGAGCCACUGAGCAUCAGCCAAGCGCGGGAAGCCUAGGUGGCAAGUGCCAGCAGGGACACGCUGGCCUGACAUGGAAGGUGAAACAGGGCAGCAGCCCCUGCCUCCAGGAGAACUCUGCAGACUGCAGUGCCAGGGAGCUGAGGGGUCCUGGGAAGGAGCUAUGGAAUCCUGUCCAGCAGGUUACAGCCACAUCCUCUAAAUGGGCGCGAUUUGUCCUGUCACCUAGAAAAAGUUCACAUGUGGACAGUGAGCAGCCAAGGUCUCUUCAGAGGGACCCCAGGCCAGCUGGUCCAGCACAGUUAGCUAAGCAAGGGACCCCCAGAGCACAGGCCUCAAGGGAAGGCCUCAGCAGGCCCACUGCCGCUGUCCAGCUUCCUUGGGCCACACACCCCGUCACAUCCGGGCCAGAGAGGCCUUGUGGGAAGACCUCAUGGGACGCAAGGACUCCCUGGGCAGAGGGUGGGCCCCUGGUCCUGGAGGCACAGAAUCCUCGACCCACACGACUAUGUGACCUCUUUACAACUGGGGAAGACUUCGAUGAUGAUCUGUGAUCUGGGACUGGCAGGUUAUUAAUCGAGAUACACUUGUUAGGAGGGACAGGUUCCCCUAAGGCACUUUUAAAGAUACUGUGUAAGAACCACUAACAAUAAACUUACUGUCAAACAAUCA